AUGCUUUCUUCUGUUGGGUCAGAUAAUAGGGAACAGGGAUCUCCGCCAAUCUUCAUUAAUUCAGACGACGAGAGUAGCCAUUGCAAACGCAAUCGUCUGAUUUCUUCAAAUUGGUUUGUACCUGAACCUGUUCUACGAGUUGGUAGUCGAACAGUGUUCACUCGCGGCCGACCACCAUGGUACACUCGUGAGGGACAAAUCGAUAAAUGCUUUGUAGUUGGCAUCUGUGGGGGUUCAAGUAGUGGCAAAACUACAGUGGCUCAAAAAAUUAUUGAGAAGCUCAAUGUUUCCUGGGUCAGUAUACUUAGCAUGGAUUCAUACUACAAGGUUCUUUCAGAAGAGGAGAAGCUAUUGGCUAAGGAAGGUCGAUAUGACUUCGAUCAUCCCUCUGCUAUUGAUUCCAAACUCCUUAUCGAUCAUCUCUCUCGUCUAAAGGAGGGUAAAAGUGUCCAAGUUCCUGAAUAUGAUUUUUCUACUCACUCGCGAGUUGCUAAAACUCGAACGCUCUACGGUGCUAAUGUGGUAAUCUUUGAGGGUAUCAUGGCCUUCUGCUAUCCUGACCUCGCCAAGUUAUUGGAUCUCAAAAUUUUCGUAGAUACUGAUUCAGACGAGCGUUUGUCGCGUCGACUUUUGCGCGAUAUCUGUUACCGAGGUCGGCAAAUUGAAGAUAUCUUAACCCAAUAUGAAACCUCUGUGAAGCCCGCUUACGACACCUACAUCGCUCCGACAAUGUCCAUGGCUGAUAUCAUAAUUCCAGGAGGAGGAGAAAAUGCCGUAGCCAUCGAUCUAAUCGUCCGUGUCGUGGAGAAACGCUUAAAGGAACAUUCCCACCACCUUCGCUCAGAACAGGCUAAUGGUCUUCGACAGUCCUUCAGCCAACUCCGCUUGAAUGGAUCGACUGUUUUCGCUGUAGCGAAGGGUGCUUCUUCGCCUAGCGGAAGUGGAGACAGUGAGAACUCACUCGAGUCAACCCCAGUUACCCCUGAAGGUGGUGCCGCCGCAUUUCCAUGGGGAGAUAGUGCUAGUAACCCGCAUAUUGAUCCAGCAAUCAUCCCGGCUAGAGUUAAUGUUCUGCCUGUUACCCCACAAUCACGGUGUCUUCACACAAUGCUAAGGGAUAGGAACACCAACCAGGAUGAGUUUAUAUUUUAUGCAGAGAGGCUUAUGAGACCUGUUUGUGAAUUUGCCUAUCGGCUUCUUCCAUAUGAGGAUGUUAUAGUGGACACCCCUCAGGGUAUUCCCUACCAUGGACGUCGAUUAGUUCCGGGUACCAAGAUCUGUGGAGUUUCAAUCUUAAGAGCAGGGGAGGCUUUUGAACCCUCUCUCACAACUGUGUGCAAGGAUGUGCGACUUGGCAAGAUUCUCAUUCAAACCAACCCCGAGACACUUGAGCCUGAAUUGCAUUACCUGCGUCUGCCAAGCGAUAUAAAAUUAUGUGCUUCCAGAUUACCGUGA